AUGUCCCUAUCGUUUGCCCAGCAAGGGUCGCUAGAUUGGGCUGCCCUUGGACGGAUGCAGUUCUCGGCAUCAAUUGCUUUGCUUUCACGCCUUUCUUCAGCAGGCAUCGAGCCUCUUACUGUGGCAUUUGGCCAAGCCAUGUGUAGCAGAGUUUGUAUUGGUGCCCACGGUGAGAAGGUUCUUAUGGAAAGCCUCAAUAACCUAAAGGCGUUCUCGAGCUUUGGUGACUUAAUUUGGUUUGGAGUGGGAGUCCGCCACGUCCUACGGGAUAUUGUUCAGAGUUCUGAAGGUGCUUCCCUAGUCGCUCUGUGUGCGGCCAUGAGUGAGACAUUUUCCAUUCAGACUUCUGCCCUUAUUCUAUAUGAAAUGUCGAAAUUGGUCAGAGCAUCGAGAGACCUAUCCCCCUCACUUGCUCAGUGGGAAGCCUUUGUCAAAGCAUCCUCCUGCAUUUUCUCGGAAACAACAUUCAGCCUCAAUGUUCAGACCCUCCUAGGACUAGCUGGUCACUCAAAUACCAAGGUACAAGAUUGGUAUCAUCAGGGACAUCCACAAGAUUUGGCCGAAAUUCUCCUCGUUUUGGGUCAAAUCACCAGAGGAGAAAUCGAGAGAAUCACUGUUCGAGGGGGCCCUACAUGCUGCUGGCUUGCAGUGUAUUCCAGUUUCAUCCUUGGACUCCGAGUGGAAGUAAAUUCUAACAUGGCACCCCUGAUGAAGAACUACGAUGAGCGAACUGUGGAUUCUCAAUUGUGUCUCAAUCUCGUGGAUGACACUGAGACUUCCCGAGCUCUCGAUCAUGUUGCAACAUCAUUCGUUGUCCGAGACGGACAUGAUUUCAUCCAACAAAUCUUCAACGGCUACGGUAAAGACAUGCCAGAAACCACCAACGUCCCCUUUCUUGGCGGCAGCCUUUCUUGGGACAGCUUAUUCUAUGAUUGCUUUGGGCAGGAUGUCACUGCACUGCUGAAUCAGCUGUAUUCUCCACAUGAAAAUACCAAGCAUGAAACUUUCGUGGCGCCAUUUCGGAAACUUUACACCUUAGGAAUUUUGCUAUAUACAACUCAUCUGGAUGAAAUCAGCCGCUUCCAAUCCAUCCCAGCAUAUAUCCUUUUUGUGACCGAUAAGCUAGCAGAACUGCGUCCUUUCUAUAUUCUUUCAAGACAAACGAUGACGCAAGACGGCAGAAGGACUUUGACUGAUAUAGCCAGUGAAUAUGAGGAGACCGCGAAGAACCUUAAGGCCUUGUGCGAGUGCUUUGACUGCAGAGCAGCUUCAACCUCUUUCAAUCUCCAUUCCUCCAACUACAGAAAGUUUUGCUGGCUUUCCGUCGCGGAGACUAUGUUAGUGUUGACUUAUCUUGUUGGCCGCUGCGAGUUCAAGUCUGAAAUACGACCUAAAAUGCUCGGUAUGAUGUUGUUUUACCAAACUAUCAAUGAGAGGCGCAAUCAUGGUCCCAAACUGAAUGCAGACAUGCUUCUCUCACAUCUUACCAUGGAAGGUUUUCAAUCCAGCCCAAGCUUUUUGUUCAGCAGCAUUAUGACAUUGUUCACUGGUUCUCCAAGUCGAAUCCUUUUCAGUGUUGAUUACCCAUCAGCUCAUUCCAACGGCGGUCUAUAUUGCUAUUUGAAUAGCUUGUCAGACCUAUCCUUAGACUAUGCGGCAAACUCAAAACUCUGUGUUGGCUCAGGCAGCAUCGAAUAUCGCUCCAGAGUACAUGAUUGGAUUUUUGACAAAAGAGCUUCGACGGAUAGGGUCGACCUGAAUUAUCCACCCCAGCGGUUUACGAAAACUCGUGACUUAUCCGUUCUAAAUACUGAUACCUCCUCAUCAUCUCUUCUCCUGGAAGGAGUGGUCGAGGAUGACUUUCAUCUUGUAUUUUACUAUCGGCUAUCUUCCACCACCGGAAAGCGGUUCAUUUCUCCUGCAUCCUUCGUCAAUCGUUGCUUGCAACCAAUGACGGCUUUGAAAGCUCGGUCAAUGCUCUCAAAUCUGCCUAAGUCACAGUGGGAACCCAUUUUGAAUGAUAGCGUGCAUAUCGUCGCCCACGGUGAAGGUAAACUUCUGGUCCACGAAGCAGGGCUUAUUCUGCGGCCACAUAAGGAUAAUACAUUGGGCCAGUGCAUAGCCCUUUCGUGGUACCCUGGGCAGUCAGCCUUAGUCACCAAUGAUUCUGAGUUGGAUGCGUUUAUAGGAUGGUAUGCGAAGGAAGCAAAACAAAACAUUGCGAAGGGUGCGGCUCCGCCCCCUUAUUUUGUGAUAUCUGGAUGA